AUGCCGAGGGACUUGCUGCGCGCCAUGACGGGCGGCAUGUCAAAGAAGCCGGGCGAGCCGCCGCUGCAACCUAUGAUCACCUCGCAGGCGAUUGAAGAGAUUGAGGAUGCGCUGGGAGAUGUUGGCCGAGGCACCGACUACCCGAUGGCCCGGAAACGGCGGGGCUCGUCGUCGUCCAAGGAUGACACUCAACCGACCGGCCCGCCCCCGGUACCCCCAAAACACAAGCUGCUCCGCCAGAUCCCCGUCUUUGAGAGCGGAACCUCGUUGCCCCUUCCCAGAGUGCGUGGUGCGAGUGCCCCGGAGCAUACGACCGACGACCACGAGUGGAAUGCGGGGUGCAAGAAUCUCUUGUUCGACGAGGACCGUGACCAGGGAAAUCGGCAGGAGGGAAACGAUUUUGACCUUCUAAUCCCGCCCAUGCCGACUUGGUCACCACCACCGGUACCCCCUCCGCAUACAACUCCGUGGUACCCUCCGCAGGAAUUGCGGCACGAAGUCGGCGACGAAAAUUCGCAUCAGCCAGUCGAAACCACCACUGCGGCGCCUAUCGUCACUCGUCGCCCCCCCUCCGCGUCGGCACCUCCCAAGCCGACUCCAAAGUACUCGCUCUUUCCGAAACUGGGAAAUCGAGACCCAGCGAAGAUCAUGUCGUCGUCGCCUUCGCCGCGGGCUUCGCCCAAGCCGCCGGCCAUCCCAGAUCGCAACCCGGCGCGCAUGCGUCAGGUGUCGGGAGUGUCCAUGGCGGCUUCGGAUGUGAGCCGGGCCUCGUCGUCGAGCUAUGUUGCUGGGGGAGAGCUUCCGCGUCCGAUCCAAUCAAGCGACCUCAUCCCAGAUGCUUCGACUAUUCCACCUCCGCCUGCGUUUCGCCACAACUGGGACACCCCCAACCGUGCCCGCGCCCGUGGUGCUGUCAACCCGGCUACAUCGCACCAUGCGGGGUACACCGGUCGGCCGGUCGGUUCUCGACCUCGGCCUCAGCCGAGACCUCAGCAGGGUCAGACCACUCAGACGGUUCCCCAGGGCCGUGAUUCUCUGACUGCGGGUGCCUUUCCGGAGCCGACAAUCCCCGUUCUGUUCCCCGAGGCCAUUAACACUGCCACCCGCGCUGCUUUUCGGCAGCCCAUGACUACCACAUCGGCCCGAGACUCGACUGCCUUUCAGACGGGCCAGUUCACCUACUACCCGGUGAUGAGCCCGUACGAGGCCGAAGCGGCGAUUGGAUCUGGCGGUACUCCCUCAGGCGUGUACCAAACGGUGACCACCCUCCCAGACCCCGCCCGCGGCACUACCACCACCGCCUCUUCAGAAUCAACCGCCACAUCCCGUCCCACCACCGCUGUGACAGCCACGGGCUCCUCGACGUCCACCAUCUCCACCGUCUCGUCGAUGUCCACACUCAGGUCGACAUUCGCUCCGACCCCGCAGUCGGCAUCUACCCAGACGUCCACGCCCACGCCAACAUCCACGUCUACGGCGAUUCCCACGCCUGCCUCCAUGUCGGCGGCCCGGAUGUUUCCGGCCUUGGACCAUGACUUGAUGUCGGCUGAGCAAGCGGCUGCGGCCGUGGAGGCGGCUAGACAUGUGCGGAACACGAUUUUUAUUGAUUGCGGGUUUGAUAUGCCGCCGGUUCAGGGGGGUGAUGAGGGCGGUGCGGGUAAGGGUGGAAAUGGUGGAAUGAAUCGGUCGUCGUCGUAUUAUGGGGAGGAGAAGGAAGAGGAGAAAGAGGAGAAGAAAUAG